GGCGAAAACAAAAUCACUCCAGAAUAUUUAACGUUACUAUCACAAUUGAUUGUUACUGACAUUGAUGACUAUAUAUCAUUAACAAAGGAAACAAUACAAUAAAUUGCUGUGAUACUAUUUUAAAAACAAUUCAAAUAAUUAAACACAAUCUAAAAUAAACAUUUCAGUGACGACAGAUUAGAUAUUAAGAUUACCAAAAUAUUUCAUAAUGUCAUUCAGCCGUUCAACGAGAUCAACAACCUAUUCUUAUCAACAACAACCACAUCACCAACCUGAUGCACUGGACAGAGAAUCGUUGGCUGCAACAAAAAUUCAAGCCGGUUAUCGUGGUUAUCGUACACGUAAAGAAUACGAGAAUCUAGUUCAUUCUUCUCCACGUCAUAACCGAUCAUCUGGUAAUGACAGCUAUAGUAUGAGCAUGUCACCACAGUCACCAGCAAGUAAUUAUUGUGAUUUAGACAAUGCGGCAACACGUAUUCAAGCCAGUUAUCGUGGAUACUUAACCCGGAAGGCUUUAAGAGAUGAUAAUAUGCCUAAGCAUACAACAAUGUCAUGUACAAAGAUGCCAUCAACAACAGCGAUAGGGACAACAGGCCGAUAUCCUGCAUAUCGUGAGUUAGGCGGGCAAAAAUCACGCCAUAAUGCUGGUGAUGUUGACGAUGAUGUUAAAGUUAAAGCGGUGACAAAAAUUCAAGCUGGUUAUCGAGGUUAUAAGACACGAAAAUCUUUAGCUCCACUAUUACAUCAUGAAGAUCGUGAGAAUCCUAUCCUGAAUAAAGAAAAUGAUAAUUUCUCCUUUAGUUGUCGUGGAUAUACACCCACGAUGCAUGAAAGAAGUAGAAAUGUUCACAGUACAUCAUUGAAUUCAAAAACUGUCACCUAUGAUCCUGAAUCAGCAGCUACUAAAAUUCAAGCAAUUUAUCGUGGUUACAAAACACGACAACAUUUACCGAAAUAAUACACAACCAUUACUACUGAAAAUAGUAGUAAUAGUAAUAAAUCAUAUAACUGACCAAUCAUUCAUCUAUAGCUCUUUUAUGUCAUUAUGAUGGAGACAUCAAAACUCCCUCCUUUCUUUUGUUUCUUUUUUUCAAUCUAUCAUUUAAAACCAUCACAACACUACCAUUUCCCUGUAUAACUGACGAAAGAAUUCAAGGCAAAACAAGCCGCCUUAUGCAUGCGCAACCCCAUCAACUCCUCUCCUCUUGCCUCUCUCUGCAUUGCAUAUAUAAUUUUCAGUUUAAUGUUUACACAUUUGUUGAUUCUUAUUUGUUUAAACUGAUCCAGACAAAAUUUGGUGUAAAUUUUGAAUUUGUUUAUGUUUGUCUUUUCAAUUGCUUUCUUCAAUAAAAUAAAAUAUUCGGCUAACACAGCAAGGAUAUGUUUGUUUGUUUCAACAGCAAAUAUUAAAAAUAAGACGAAUGUAUGCCUUUUUUAUUUUCUCAUCUGGUCAAAAACAGGAAUCUAUAUCUGUCACAUGUAAUAAUUUCACAUUUUUAGCUUUUUUUGUUGUGGUUUUUGUCUUGUUUCUUUCUUUCUCUCUCUCUGUUUUUGGUUGAUUUCGCUUUAAAUAAUCAUUGAUUUUAUAGUUCAUUCCUCA